AUGUAUGAAAAUAUCAAUAAUCUUGAAUUUUCAAUUAAUUUGAAUGAAAAUGAUAGUGAAGAACAAAAAGCAUAUCAUAUUCGUCGCAUUCAAGAUAUAGCUGUAGAAUCACUCGAAAUGCUUCCACCAAUCAGUGGUAUUGAAGAUAUGUCACUGGUUCCACUUGAAGAUGCUGUUGAACCACUAAUACCAUUUUUACCUGAUAUUGCAUAUUAUGUCACUAUUGUUAAACAACGAUGUCAAAGGCAACCAGUUGACAGAUUAUCAAAUGAUGAAUCAGCUUCAAUUAUGAUUUAUACAAUGGGAUGGAAACCAAUUGAUCAAUGCCUUCAUGUGGCUUUAAAUAAAAUCCUUCGAUCAAAAGAACGAAAUCAACUUGAACCAUGGCUUCUUUAUCUUAAAUUAUUUCUUACUGCCCUAUCACGUCUUCCAUCUAUUCAUCAAAAGAUUUAUCGUGAAAUUGAAUUCGAUUUAAGUGAACGAUAUAAAACAGAUGAAAUGAUUGUCUGGUGUGGAUUUAAUUCUUGUAGUAUAUCAACCGAUGUUUUACAAGUUGAAAAACAAAAUGUGCGAACAUUAUUGACUAUUGAAUGUAUUUCUAGAAAAAAUAUUCGUCAACAUUCUUAUUUUGAAUCAGAAGAUGAAAUUCUUCUUUUUCCUAUGACACAAUUCAAAGUUCAAACUUGUUCUAUUCACAACAAUGACGUUUCUUCAAUUGAAUUACAAGAGAUAGAACCACCCUCUCCUCUUAUAUAUCCAAUACUACAUUCUCAUACAGCAAAACCAACUUAUGUUGCUAAUUAUAAUUUUAAUGGUAUAGUAUCAAAAAACGAAUUACCAUUUCAUAAAUAUGAUAAAUUAAAAAUCAUUGAUAAACAUUCUUUUAAAGAUUGGUGGUCAGCGAAAAAUCUUCGAACUAACCAACCUGGUUAUGUUCCAGCAAACCACAUCUCAUCAAUAAUCGACUUAACAACAUGCGAAUGGUAUUUUAAUGAAACAAAUCGUCAUGAUGCUAAACGAUUUCUUCAACAAGCACAUAAUGGAAAAGAAACUUUUUUAAUUCGACCUUCGGAUACAAAUCAAAGUGAAGAAUCAUUAUCUAUUCUUGAUUUUAAUGAAGAUAAACAACAUUUUCAUGUUAAACAUUAUCGUAUUCUUCGAACAGAUCAAGGCUUAUAUUAUAUUAGUAGAAAAAGCACUUUUCCAUCAUUACAAAAUCUUGUUAAUCAUUAUCAAAUAAAAACUGAUGGUCUUUGCUGUUUACUUACAUAUCCAUGUCAAAAAAUCGAACCAACUGUUCAUGAUGGUUUAUCAGAAUUAGAUCGUUGUCAACUUUCGAGUACUGAAUUACUCAGUCAAGAUUAUUAUAAUGAAGUUUAUAAAGGUACAUAUGGACAACAUAAUGUUGCUAUUAAAUCUAUGAAAAUAAAUGAUAAAAAUCGAUUUCUUCAUGAAGCAAAAAUAAUGAAAGAACUUGAACAUGAAAAUAUUGUAUGCUUAUAUGGUGUAUGUACAUUAGAAGAACCAAUAUUGAUUGUAAUGGAGUUUAUGAAAUAUGGAUGUCUAUUAAAUUAUUUACGUGAUGGACCAGGACAAAAUAUCGAAUUAAGGACUAUAUUGGAUUUUAUUGUACAAAUUAUAAAUGGGAUGAUUUAUCUUGGAGAAAAAGGUUAUGUUCAUUCUGAUUUAACUGCUCGAAAUAUAUAUGUUGGAAAAUGUGAUAUUGUUAAAAUAGGUGGUUUUGGUUUAGCAAAACAACUUGAAGAUGAUCGUUCGACAAUUGAUGAAGAGUCUCAACUAUCAAUUGGAUGGACUGCACCAGAAAUCGUAAUAACAAAUGAAUAUACAAUUAAGUCAGAUGUAUGGAGCUUUGGUUUUCUUCUUUAUGAAAUUAUUUUCUAUAUUUCAAUUCCAUAUCUUCAAUAUUCAGUUAAGGAAAUAUUACAAAAAGUACUUGAUGGUUAUCAGUUGGAGAAACCAAAUGAUUGUCAUGAGCAAUAUUAUGAAAUAAUGUGUUCUUGUUGGCAAAACAAUCCUGAUAAUCGUCCAACAUUUCAAACACUCUCCACGUGUUUUGAUGAAUUUAUCAAACAACUUGACUUGAGCGAUGAAAAUAGCAUUUAUACUGAAGUUUAA